AUGCGCUCUCUGCUCGCCUGCGCUCUGCUGCCCAGGCUCGCGGGCGCCCUGGGCGCCCUGUCCGCCCUCAGGGCCCGCGGCCCGGAGUCGGCGGAGGCCUUGAAGACGCUGGACCGCAACAGUGACGGCCGAGUGACGUUCGACGAGAUCGCCUCGUUCGCGAAAGCGAAGGGCCUGGACUACGCGUCCACCCUGACUGAGUUCUCGGGUUUCGAUGCCAACCAGGACGGCCAGCUCGACCCCGUGGAGCUCACAAAGGCCCUCGGGCCGCCGGCGGCCGCCGGGCCGCUGCUGGCCACGGGGGCGCCGUCGAGGCCGGCGCGGUCGGGCGGCCUGGCGCUGGCGGACGCCGCGCGCCGCACCGUAACAGGCGGCGCCGGGCUGUCGCAGCUGUCCGAGUCUUCGGAGGUGGAGAGGCGCGCCGCGACGCUCUCCGAGCGCGCCAACCUGAUGCAGGCCGAGGCCCAGAAGGAGCUUGGUGCGCAGGAGCUCGAUCGGCAGGCGGCGCUGCUCCGCGCCAACGCCACGGCCAUCCUGAGGAGGGCGCAGCAGGACGCUUCGGAGAGCGGCAUGCUGGCGGCGAGGGCCAAGGCCGAGGAGCUCCACAGCUCCCUCGUGAAGCUGCAGGGCGACGCCAUGCGCGCGGAGGUGCGCGCGGCAGCGGUCAAGGCGAAGGCCGAGGCCGAGCUGACGGAGGCCAACGACCUGAUGUUCGUCGCGGAGAGCGGCCUGAGCACUGUCGGCCGCGCGUGA